AAUGAUUCCAGUCUUCAACUUCCUCCUCUUCCUCUCAAUGACAGCCGUUUCUCUGAGGGCUGCUGUCAUUAAAGAUCCAAAUGAUGAGUCUUUGGGUGCCGUAGAAAUUAUUAAAAAAGUCAACACUGGCUCAUACAGGUCUAUGGAUCCCCCAGAAGCCAUUGAAAAAGUCAAUGCUCACUCUUCAAAAAACCUGGUUCAUGGUGACAUUGUUCCUGCUACAACCAGGAAUGCCGAUCCGUGCACAGCCAUUGGCUGCAAGUGGCCUAAAACUGGACCCUAUGUCUACAUACCUGUCUCCAUAUCCUCUGUAUACUCCACCCAAGAGCGCAACAUCAUCAUCAAUGCCUUGGUGACCUUCCAUGAGUCCACCUGUAUUCGCUUCAUCUGGAGGACAAACCAAGUCAAUUCCAUCAACUUCUUCUCUGGAGAUGGGUGUUAUUCAUAUGUGGGCCGUCAGAGCCAAGCGCAGCUAAUCUCCCUACAAAGAAAUGGUUGCUUGUACCAGGCGACAGUGCAGCAUGAGGUUCUUCAUGCUCUGGGCUUCCACCACGAGCAGGUCCGCUCUGACAGAGACCAGUAUGUGAGGAUCCUCACCCAGAACAUCUUGCCAGGGCAAGAACACAACUUUGUGAAAGUGCAAACCAACAAUCUGCAGACUCGCUAUGACUUCAACUCUGUCAUGCACUAUCCCAGAACUGCGUUCUCCCGUAAUGGGCAGCCAACAAUUGUUGCCAAGUCCAAUCCUAAUCUGGAUUUCGGACGUGCUACUCAGAUGAGUGCCAACGACAUUGCCGUAUAA